AUGAUAUGGUCUGAUACGACGCACAUCUCACCAAAUAGGUCGUGCUAUCACGUCGUCUUUUCGUCGUAUUCACGUCAUGUCGUCCCAUCAGGGAGUAUUGAUGAUACUGUUGACACGGCAACAAAAACAGAGAUUAUUAUUCCCUUGGAUGAAACUGACAAUGAUAAGGGAUCUGACCUUUCCAAAGAAGGCUCAAAGGAAGAUUCUUCUUCAGGGUUAAAGGGAGUUUCUUUCCAUGGCCAUGACUACCCGACCGACGAGGACCAGGCAACGCCUCGGGAUGACGUGGAAAGCCUGCGCAUUGAUACUCCAGAGGACUCAACUGGCACAAAAACAAGCUCUGGCUCUGAAGAAAAUGGGGAUCCUAUCAUUCCACCUACCGUAGUUAUCUCGAGAACAGCUGACGUAAUCGAGCUAAAGGACGGCGAAUUAAAUAUCGUUACACAAAUGGAGAAAGAAGGCCUUGUUGCAGAGGGAUUGCCUGGAGACUUCGAUGGACCUGUAGAGGAGAUAAUUAUCACCAAAGGGGCACUUCAGACACUCUCUGAAGAAAGCUCAGACCAUAACUCUAGCCCGAAAAUAUCACCGAAAAUAGUCGCACUAACUGUUGUUGCUGCUUCAACAAUAGGUCUUAUUGACGCUGAGAAAGAAGAUGCAGAGCAUUCUCAGCCUGAAUACGCUUCAGAAAAUAAGGACGAAGAAGACACGGUAGAAAUAAUUGCUGCUGACUUUGAUCAUAAUCGUUUUAUUCACGAAGAAAUAAAACAUUCCAACCUUCUUCUUGGAAAUCAUGCUACUGUCCACAGUCGGCCGCAGGAUGUGGGGCUAGUCAGAACAGAUACCUUGCAUACCGGCACAGCUUUGUCUUUUCCUCAACACUCUUUGCAAGAAAAUUCAGACAGUUUGCGUCAGUCUGUAAGCCACGACGAGGCGCAUUCCGAUUUUGUUGAACCUGUCAAACAAGCUGUUAAUUCUACCACACACGCUCAUGAAAGUGAAAUCGGAAAGCACGUCGCAACUUCAUUUGCAGCUGUUCAACCAAUAGCAAAUGUGACAGAUAUUGAUGACAGCGUCGAUGUAGAUGAGACGGGCAAACCUAUUCCAGUUGACGAAAACGGUAAACCAAUGUACAGUAACCGGACGAAAAGGGCGGUGCAUGAUGAUAAAGACAUAACAGUUGCUAAUGAUAUAAUUCCUGACAAAAGUGCAGUACAACUUUCGCGGUCAGGAUCCAUUGUUGCAAAAGAAAGUGAAAAUAAUCAUUGGUAUGGUUCCCAAAUGUCUACUGCCGGCUCCACUCUCAUCAAGCCAGCCCUAGCAAUGUCUCGUGAUCCAACUCUCGAAACCUUGCACCCUUGUGACGAACCAGAAUGCAUAGCAGUUGACGUAAGGGUGAAAGACAAAAGUGGCAUUCAAUCCACAGGGAAAGAAGGCGAACAAACGUCCCCUGUCGCAAGAAAGGGUAUCGAUGUUAUGAAAGAAAUGAGCUUGGUGACAAGCAGAAUAGGCCAGUCAAUCAUAUCGUUAGGAUCCGAUGAAGCUGUAGAAGCAGGUGCAAUGGCCAUGGAAACUGGAGAUCCACCUGAACCAAAACGUUCCGACUCGCAGGAGUCAUUUAUCAUAUCUGCGGACGCUGUAUACAUACCAUUAAACCCGCCAGGAAUGAAGCAACCGCACCUUGAGCGAAUAGAUUCAAUCCCGUCAGUUUCAGGAAGUGUUCAAGAAGAAUUCGGUCCAGGCAUUAAACACUCAACGGAGCUUAGCCAGGAAAACAAAAACUCGGAAUUGUCCCAUCAUGGUCAAAAUUACAAUCGUGGAGUUGGCACUUCUUCACCUCGCACCUACACGGUGACGGAACCGAGGAGUACUUCUGCCUAUGUUGAGCAUGAAAUUGAAGAUGGAGGUUUGGAGGUGAACCAGGAUGACGAUGUGCUAAUUGUAGAAUAUCCUACGGACCCACUCGCCAAAGUAACUAAGUGGGAUAACGUGGUUGUCGCUUCUGCCGAAAUGAAAGGCGAUCUUCUGCCAAAAGACGAUGCUGGUCGGUUUGAAUCACUUCCUAAUGAGCCCCAAUCUUACAUGUCAGUUGAUGACUCCCUACAAGAUUUACCAAGCCUACAAGAUGAGGCUGUUGUCAAUGUCGAGUCUGAAUCUGAGCUUCUGGAUUCCAUGCCAGAAGAAGAGGUAGACAGGAAGUGGACUGACGACGUUGUGAAGAUUGCACACAAAGCCCACGGCGCUGCAAAGGGACUUUUCAGUCGUAACGGUGUUUCGCACGAUGACGAAAAUAACAUUCAGGACCCAAACAUUCACGGAGAAAACAUUAUGACAGUUCCAAAAGAUGCUGUAUUAGACACAAAAGAUUCCGAACGUUUAGCUGCUGAGAUAUUCCCCAACGAGGCAGUCACAUCAAGUAAGACAGCUCUGCAAACAGAUACUGUGGACAGCAGUGCGCUUUUGGAUGAUGCCAAAAAUACACAACUGUAUAAGAUAACAAAUGAAACAGCUCUUGGAACUACGGCGGAAAUAAACUCUUCAGAAACCAGCAUUGAAAGUAAUGUAAAAGCCGUUGGCCAUGGUCUAAUUGACAGCGCAUCUCGGGGAUUUACCUCUGUAAAAUCCUCUAUCGAAGAUACCAAAGGCAGUAUUGAAUCAGCUAUUGUAUCUACAAGAAGCAAUCUCAGUUCUGGGGUACACAACGUCGAGGAUAAAGUCAGCAAAGUUCAAGAGAGUGUAGUCGCUGGCUCGGAAGGAAUCAUUGCUUAUGCUGAAGAAACCAUAAACGAGGCUGCACACCAGGGUCAAAGUACUGUCAGUAAGAAACUAUCGGGCAUAGAAGAAAGUUUUGGGGCAGCAUUGGGACACGCUGAAGACAGUGCCGCAACUGCAUUGGAUGCUUUAAAAAGUAAAACCUCUAAAGCUCUCACCGGUGUUCGAGAUGAAAUUACUAAAACUGUGGAAAUCGCAACAGACAAAACAUCGGAAGCUGGUCAGGACAUUAAAACUAAAGCAGUCGAUACCGUACUCGAUGUAAAGGAUUCAGUUUUGAAUGUCGUUGGAAAUGUGGAGAAUUCGAUAUCAAAAGCUGUUGAAGUUGUAAAGGAUAAAACAUCGGAGGCACAUGAAACUUAUGAAGAGACGUCGUCAUCAAUAUUAGAAGCUGUAAAUAGCACGGCUGCUGGGGCGAUCGAAAGUUUGGACAUGUCGAAAUCGAUUAUGAACGCUUCAAUAGACCAUGCAGUUGUUACCACUGUAGAUAAUGUGGAAGCCGUUGCUGAAAAAAUGUCUGAAGAUGUGUCUAGUGUCACAAAAAGGGCUGGCGAAGAUAUAGGUCAAGCGAUAGAGGACAUCGCACAAGCAGACGGAAGUAGUACAUCUGUAGCUCUGGAUACGCUUGACAAAGCUGACGAGGCGUCUUCCACGGCAGCGACAAGUUUAGCACAUGCUCAAGUAGGCAAGAACAUAGUUGCCGGGGCAAAGUCGGAUAGGCUAUUGGAUGGGGAAACGGUAACGGACGGCAUUACAACUGAUAAUGGGAACAACACAACUUCCGGGGUUUUAGCCAGCGCCAGAUCAUCUGCUCAUGUUGUUUUAGAAGACGCAACACCGGUUCAUGUUUUAUCGGAACAUGCCGAGAGAACCGAGAAUGUGGCGAAUUUCGGAGAACCUCGCUUUGAGAGACCCAGUCACGAAGGCACAACACAUUCUGAAACAGAACACCCUGAGGUAAAUAAUAAGGGUGUUUCAAAAAUUGCGGCAGUGCAUAAUGCAGUUUCAGGAAACAUUGAAAGCGUCAGAGGUCAUGUUAACGCUGUACAUGAACUGGGGGCUGCUAAUAGUGCUAAAAUCGAUAUGGGGAAAAUGAACGUUUCGAAUACAGAAUUAUCUCAAAAAGAGGGAAGUUUUUCUAAUGCCACAGAAGAGACGACCAAUGAGAACAACGAGGACUCACUUCAAGGAGUAACAGAGACCGAAAACAUAGUCGUCUUGAGUUCUCAUCUAAAUAAAAACCAAACUGUUGAUGACGUAGCAAACGUUCAAAAAAGCAGUGAAUUGCUCUCAAGUGAAAUCCAUAACGAAGUUAUCACCAAACAAGAGUUAUUUACUGACACAGAGGCAUCUAAGCUCGUCUUUCAGGCUAACGAACGCCUCCAAAGCACUAUUAAGUCCACCGAGGAAAUCGUAAAACAAGAAGAGGCAAAGCUGCAGCAAUCCUUAUUUUCCGAAAAUCUUGCUGCCGAAGAGACUAUCAUUGCAAAAGUUACCCAGGCUGAAGACGAGACUGUUGCAGCGCUAGAAUUGGCAGAAGCUUCAGUUCGGAAAGCACUAGAUCAGGCUGAGUUAACGAUAUCUUCUGAGACAAAUAAGAGCCUGUCGCUUCUUGAACAGGCUCAAAAAAGUGCUAAAGACAUGAGUGGAAAUAUUGAGAAUGAGCCACCUCUCAGUAAUAAAUUGGCCCAAGAGACACACGACAACGUUGAAACUAUUGCGAUUGCCGAAGAUGCUGCCAAAGAUGCGACUGUUAAAGCUCUGGAAAUUGCGGAGAAGUCUGUCAAAGGAGCACUCGACCAUGCUGAAAAUGUUAUUACGGCCGAAUCUCGAAAAGUCUUGGCAGUAAUGAAUGUGGACGAUGACACCAUUGCAUCGAGGAAGAUGGUAGACGAUGCAACAGUACAAAAUGACGAAGAUGUUAAACCUGCAGUCAAGGAUAGCAUUAGAAUUGAUGUAGAAACAAACAAAACGACUACUUUAGACGACACUGUAUCUGUGUUGGAGUUGGCUGAGAAAUCUGUUCGAAAUGCUCUAGAUCGAGCCGAAGAAGCAAUAUCUGCAGAAGCGCUUAAAAACCAACAUGGCCCGUCUGAAGUCACAUCCUUAAAUAAUAAAGAGACUGGGAAAUCCGAAAAACAAUCCAAAAUACCAGUCCUGGUUUCAGGCGUAUCAGAUCAGAAGAGCCUGGACAUAGCCACUGGUAAAACCAGAGUGGCAACAGAAAACACUGCAGAAGACAUUACUUUGUCGAAUUUACAACGGACUGACGAAUCUGUGAAAAUGGCCCUCAGUCAUGCAGAGGAAAGCAUAUCUGCUGAAAUGAAAAAAACCGUACACAGCGGCGCGGAAUACACUGCGCAUAGCGAAAGUGACAUAAAACAUGAGUCAGAAAUUGAGACGGUUGUGUCAACUGCCAGCAAGGUCAAUCAGUUUUCUGAGAGCAUUCACGAACGAGUCAAAAGGGAGGUGUCCUCCCUAAGGGAUUCACAUCAGGCCUCUCCACGUGACAGAAGCGGCGCGGUCCGCAGAGGCCGGUCUACAACAGACAUCACCGUCAGGAAAGCUCCUCUCAAGUCGGACAGCUGGGAAAGUAACCUAAGGAAGAGUACAGUAGCAUCCUCUGGGAAGACCACUCGUACUGCACCCUUAAGCGGGACUGACCAGAUCAAAUCAAAAGUGCCUCACACGAUAAGGUCGGCCAAGAAAGUACAACCCUCGGCUGAAAUAGCCCCGAAAACGUCUGCAGGCGAAGGAAGGCGCAGAGGCACAUUGCGCAAAGCCAAAAGUCUAGCAGAAGACUCCACAGAAGAAUCGAAGAAGCGAGUGAAGAAAAUGCCGUCUCAGGGAUCAACGCAGAAGACAGCCAUAUCAGUAGAAAGCGCCGUUGAAGCAGCUGGAAAUACUGUUGUCGAAGACGCUCUAGACAAGGCCAGAUCCCCACGGGAUCAAAGGGAUGACAGUUCGUCUGAAGCUAGUAAAUCGACAACGAUCACCACCUCAUCGAGUACGCGGCAGCAAACUCAUAGCAGUAGUUCUGAGGUUACGGAAAGUACACUCAUGGUCAAAACCGAACUGGUACAUGCAGCAGCCACCAUUCAAGACGCGUUUCGUGAACAUAGUGGGGUGCCGGUAGACGAAGAUGGCAAAGAAGUAGUGGUCCCAUCUCCACCGAUCGCUCGCAACCCCUUUCAGAUCGAGCCAGUUCUAGAAGAGAUUGCCGAGGAGGUUGGUGUGGACCGUCAGGCUAGUUCGCGUAGGGGCUCGCGGCAAGACUCACAUGGCGCGGACAACGAGGACACGUCGACCUCCGAGUCGUCGCUGUCAAGCGCAGCCACAAAAAUCCAGGCCGGCUUUCGGGGUCAUCUCGCCCGACGACAUCGCCUUCUUGGCGGCCGUCACGGCACGGCUGGAACGGCGUCCACGUCUGCAUCCAUGUCAAUGUCCCGUGAUUCCGACGUAGGGGUUGUACGCGCCAUGAGCCUCCUCGAGGACUCCGAGGUGCAGCGUCACCAGCUAGAUCCCUUAGACCAGCUGCCAGAGGCCGACGAGUACGGACCAGCCAAGUACGUCGCUGAGGUGCAUCGGGCGCAUCAGGAGUCACAGGCUGCGCACAAAGGUGUCGAGUGGGCGCGUUCGCUAGACAGUGGGUUAUCCUCGGGUCCUGAGCGUCACACCCCCGUGCGCUCCGCCGUGUCUAUGCAACAGCGCGUCCUGCGGGGCCCCGACCUGGACGAGCACAUCUGGCGCACCCUGGAGCAGGAGAUGCAGGAGGGCACGGACGACUCCGGGCAGGGCGAGGGCGCCAGGCUGAUGAGCCGGGCGAGCCGCCACCACCACCGGCGCAGCCUGCACCGCGGCAACGCCAUGCAGCUGCCCACCACCUCGAGCAGCACGCCGGGCAGCCUGGACGAGACCCACCUGGAGCCCAGGCACACCGGCGAGUUCCACGACGUCGUCGUGCUGCACCAGUUUCCUCCCGACCCAGAGCAGCAGCAGCCGCAGCAGCAGCAGCAGCCACCAGGGACGGGCCGAGCCGGCUUCACGUCCUCCCCGCAGCUGUCCGAGGCCCGCCCCGCCGAGGCGCCGCCGCAGCAGCAGCAACCGCCGCAGCAGGAGGUCCACGUGGCCGAGGCCGACGCUGAGGCCGACGCUGAGGCCCCCGGCGGCGCGACGGCCGCGGCCCCCCCUCCCCUCGGCGGCGACGCCCCCUCCGCCUCCCCGAGCGAGGGCGCGAUGAAGACAGCCGAGGCCGCCGCCACCAAGAUCCAGGCCGGCUUCCGCGGCUACAAAGUGCGUCGCCAGCUGCGCGAGCAGAGCCAGGACCAGAGCGUGGCGGACGGCGGCGACGACGGCCACGGCACCGACACCGGCGCGGCCAGCAACGGCCAGCAGGGUCAGCACGCGGGCCAACAGUGCCGGAGUGUGGGCGUCCACCACCACGACAUGAUGGAGUCCGGGCUCGCGGAGCCGGGCCUCGAGGGGCUGGACGACGAGCUGCUGCAGCGGUCCGCGGCGCGCAUCCAGGCGGGCGUCCGCGGCUUCCUGGUGCGGCGCCGGCAGCACAACGCCGCCCAGGCCGCCGCCAAGAUACAGGCCGGCUUCCGGGGCUACCGCGCCCGCCGGGACCUCAAGCAGCGCGUCAGGGUGGGCAAGGCCAACCCCAGCCGGCAGUAGCAGCAGGCCGCGCAGUGUAGCGGCGCAGCUCGCCGAAGGGCCACUGCCAAUUCUCACUCGACACCCCCCGUGAGAGUAUGCGGACUGCGGAAGCUACCAACCGCUACGUUGCAUAAGAAUUGAUUAUCUCUCGUUGUAUAUGGUCUGAUGCUUCGGCCACUGAAUUUACCACCCCUUUAAGACCUUAAUUCUAGACAUACGGAAAUACUACUUUGAAAAAUCAGAAUUUGGAAAUGCACUUUGUCAGGAAUGUACAUGAUGAUAAGUGAUAUAUGCCGCAAAAGUUUGGGAAGGGCUGAUUAGUAUGACCAAACAAUUACAGCUUUGUCCCGUUGCGCUGAGUUCACUUUAUGUCAAAGUUUGCCACGUUUUAUUCUUGCUCUUCCUCCAUUGAGGACCAUCAGAGUGUAACUUUAGUUAUUUCGUUUCAAUUACAGCCCGUACGACACCAUUGCCAAUUCUGCUGCCCUGAUGGAUUUGGGGAUGGAGGAGGGAUGUGAGGUAGGAACCCCUAGGGACUACUUUGGAUCCAUCAAAAUCCCUAGGGAGUCAUUAUGGAAUCCCUGGGGAGUCCUUCCCGUAUUUGUGACGCCCUACGCAAGUCCCUAGGGUUUCCUUAUCCUCAAGGAUGUUCAAGGAAACGCCAUCCCUGAGGAGUCCUAAGGGCUUCUUGUCCUAGAACCAUCUCUGUGCAUUCCCCAAGGGGUCCCUAAAGAGGCCACCUUUAGGGCCUCCUUUCCAUCGAUGUCCCUCUCAAAUCCUUAGGGAUUUGUCAUCCCUGUACCAUCCCUAGGGAUCCACCGGGGUCCCACUAGACUUUCGGUCUAUCCUUUCCUAAUUCUGUCCCCCUAGCAUCCCUAAGGACACAUGAAUAUAGAGGGAAUCCCUAGGGACACAUGAAGAUAGAGGGAAUCCAUAAGGACAGAGAGAUAUAAGGAAUAUCUAGGCACACAUACGUCAAUAGUUGCAUGUAAUGAGGAGAAAAAGGGAUUGUAUGGGGAUGUGAAUCAGAUUAAUUUCUCGAAUAUGACAUAAAUAGACAUAUGUUCGGGAUAGAUUACGGUGAUUGGGGAUGAUAAAGUAGCGAAUAUAGAGACUGGAAUCCGGGGAUGGAUUAAGGAUAGUUUAGGGAUGACACAGAGAUGGAAAAAGUAGACUUAAGAUCCAAAAAUGGGUUAGGGAUAGCAUGGGGAUGAUACCGGGACAAAAAAACAACAACUUAAGAUCCAAGGAUGGAUAGGGGAUGGAUUAAGGAUAGUUUAGGGAUGACACAGAGAUGGAAAAAGUAGACUUAAGAUCCAAAAAUGGAUUAGGGAUAGCAUGGGGAUGAUCCCGGGACAAAAAAACAAUAACUUAAGAUCCAAGGAUGGAUAGGGGAUGGAUUAUGGAUGGGUUAGGGAUGACACAGAGGCGUAGAUACAGGCUAGGAUCCGGACCUGUCCUCGUAACAUCGUCCACGUGGUCCAGUGGAUAAGGCUGCGGCAUCCCAAUCGGAUGUCAGAGGUUCGAGUCCAGGUAAGAGAUAAAGGUAUUCUGAGAUUAAAAUGAAAGGACGGCGCGAAUUCGCGAGGGUGGGCGCUCCGGAAGGUUGGGACAUGCUGUAAUCAUUAAAAUAAAAUAAAUUUUCCCCUAAAUUCUGAAGGAAUUCCCAUGUGUCCCAUUUCGGUCCUUUGGAUAUCCCUAGUCCUAUUCCAAGGAUAUCCCCGGGAUAUCCUUAGGGGUUCCAUGUUGAAACAAAUCAGGAUAUCGUCUCCCUAGGGCGCCCUAAGGACGUCCCAUCCAAGUUGGUCCCAUCCCUAACCAUCCCUCAAAUCCAUCAGGGCUGUAAUUGAACACUCCUUAAUUAUUACCAAGUAGAGAAUGCGGCUCUUAUGUUUUUGCGUAUGAAUCAUGCAUCAUCAAAUCAAAUCUGUACGGCAUGUACCUCCGGUCAGUUUGGAUCUUCGCUUCAACUGGCGACCAAUAACGAGCACCUGGUAGGAGAAUCCGCACGAUGAGCACUGCGAGUGAUCGUUGGCAAUUGAACGGGUGCCACUUCUACCGAAUAGUACCCGGGUGGAGUGGCUACGAUUCUUUCAAAAUGCUUUCACUUGCUUGAUCUAAGUUGUAGCGUUUGAAAUAGUUCAGUGUAAAUUCUUGCAUUGACUUUUCUGAGGAUAUCUGCUAUUCUUUAUUAACGGACAUAACUUUAAAGUUUACAAUUGUGACCCAAAGGUUUCUAUUUUAAUUAUGUAGGAGAAACUUCCAAUUAGAUUCCAUAUUUUACAAGGCAGGGACCGGGAAUGUAACGGUUUACUAUUAAAUUUACUUAUGUGUACUUAGUUUAAGUAGCCUCUAGUUUUUGCUGUAAUCGAGAGCCACUGGUUUGGGUGGAUUAGAAUUGUUUGUUACGGCAAACUAGUUUUUAACUACUCACACCCUUGUUGGGUCAAAGACUGAUUUUCGUAUAGUUAAACGGUACUUGGCAGCCUGAGCUUAAUCCGGUGCCAUCGAUGACCUCACGAUGAAUACAUUAGCUUGAGCUCGUCACGAAACUAUAACAAUCAUGAUUGCCGUCCUAUUGAUUAUUCACACAAGAGCUGUUAAAUAAUGUGUAGUGAUGCUGCUCAGGCAUCCCCAGCAAAAAUAUUCUAGCACCCUUCAACAUGAAGUCUUAAGGCACAAAAGUCAGAAAGACUUAGUUUACGAUUCACAUAUAUUAUGACUAUUACCUAGUUAACUUUUUCUUUAUGUAUUUGUGUUACAUUGUGAGCGAAUCUAUGCCAAUAUGCUUUACGUAUUUUCCUUAUCACUGUUAAAUUACAGCUUACAUGUUCUAUAAGGUGCUCCCCCAAAUGAUUGUUUUGCGAGAUGACGCGAAGGAACGCGGCUCGCCGAUAGCAUGCGCAUUACGAACCUCUCCUCAUGAAACGUAAAAUAUCAUGGAGACACUACUUUAAUAGUGGUCUUGUGAGCCUAUCAUGCAUAAAUUUCUUCUUGAUAUAAUUAGGCACCUGCUCAUAGUAUGUUAUCAGUGUGAUAUAUUAUUAGUCUAUUAAUAAAUCAUGUUAUAGUUAAAAUGUC